UAGCUCAGCACGAUCGGUGUUGAUAUCGGUUGGCUCGUGCCAAUUUUCGCCAAAUUUAACGUGUUUUCGGUCGAAUUCAGCGUCCAAAGUGUACCUAAAGUGAAGGUGAAUGCAAUUGUCGUACGGUGCGAGUGAGAAUCGCACUGGUGGAUUAGUUUUGCGCCAGAAAUUACGACUUUUGAACAAUCGUUUCGGGAUUUUCCUCGGGGACGGGUUUCUUUUCGCGAGAGUGACGUUUCUUGAAUCACUUCGACGACGGGUGUUUAUUUUAAGUGCGCAUGUGUGUGUGUGCUCUUUGUUUAGAAUAGGAAUACGCACACAGCUGAGGAAGCCCUUGUUGGUGGAAAGUGUUUUUGAUUGUGCGAUGCAGCAUACUGGAAGCAAAGAAGCUCGAAUGGCAAAGUGAAGUGAAAGAAGAAAGCGCAAUCAGUACGUGGUGCGAAGCUACUCGAAUGGUUGUUGUUUUUUCUGCUGCAUACAGCAGUAGUGGCAGCGAGAUUCAGCGUGAGAGAAUCCAUCUCACGAAUAGUGAGUGAGUGAGUGAAGUUCGCAGCCAGAGGCCGACAGCAAGAGUGUAUGGUUGUGUGAUGGUGCUAGUCUCGAGUUGUUGAUAUGUGAUGCGAUUUAAAGAUGGCUACAGCGAAUAACCGAAGGCGAGGUGGCGAAGGCGGCUUAUCAAAGCUGUCCUGUUCCCGGUCGUGCUGUGGGGACAUAUUCGGAUAUCUGCUGCGACUCCGGGUCAGCCCGGAGGAGCUAGAGCAGCGCUACAAAUCACGGGAGAUUGACAAAUUUCUCGAAAAGGAUAAACAUGCAUUUAAAAGACAGGUUAAACUGCUACUAUUAGGCGCAGGCGAGUCCGGCAAAUCCACCUUUCUCAAACAGAUGCGGAUUAUCCACGGGAUCAAUUUCGAGCCCGAGCUAGUACGAGAGUAUCAACAUGUGAUCUACCAAAAUUUAGUCAAAGGCAUGCAAGUGCUGUGCGACGCUAGAGAUAAGCUAGAUAUACCAUGGGAGGAUCCAAAUUCCCAGCUGGUCGCGAACCAGGCAAUCCUGUUCCGCAGCGAUUCGUCGCUAGGUGUGGAACAAUUUCACCAGUACGUACCGGUCAUACGGAGGCUGUGGCAGGACGGAGCGAUACAGCAAGCGUACGAUCGGCGGAGAGAAUUUCAAAUUAGCGAUUCAGUAAAAUAUUUCUUAGAAGAAUUAGACCGGAUAUCAAGGUUCGACUACGUUCCCACACGUACCGAUAUACUGCGAUGUCGCAAAGCAACCAAGGGUGUAUUUGAAUUUACAAUUAGAAUACAGAACAUUCCAUUCGUGUUCGUCGACGUCGGUGGCCAGCGAACGCAGCGGCAAAAGUGGACCAAAUGUUUUGACUGUUCGGUAACCUCGAUACUUUUCCUAGUGUCGACAUCCGAGUUCGAUCAGGUUCUAGCCGAGGACAGGAAAACGAAUCGCCUGGAGGAAUCGCGGAACAUUUUCGACACGAUUGUGAAUAACACCACCUUCCAGGGCAUCUCGAUCAUCCUGUUUCUGAACAAGACCGACCUGCUGAAGGAGAAGGUAAAAAAUCCCAACACCGACAUUCGCUGGUACUAUCCCCAGUUCACCGGCAACCCGCACUCGAUUCUGGACGUGCAAAACUUCAUCCUGCAGAUGUUCAUGAACGUGCGGAAAAACACCAAAACGCCCAUCUAUCAUCACUUCACGAACGCGGUGGACACUCAGAACAUCCAGGUCGUGUUCAGCUCGGUCAAGGACACGAUCCUGCAGCGGAACCUGACGGCGCUGAUGCUGCAGUGAGUGGUAGUGGGUAACCACAAAAUUAUUAUUAUUAUUAUUAAUUCUAUGGAGCAGUUGUUCCGUGUACGUGCGCGGGAGGCGCUCCACACCUCCAUGCCUUCAGAUUCUUUGUUGAUUAUUAUUGUUUAUCUCGCCCCCUCUCUGCUGCAACAGUCCACUCUCAUAGUUACGUUUUGCUAGAGGAAAAUAUUCUUCUGCUAUUAUUUUCAUACAAUCCUUUGGUUUCAUGCGUUCUAGAAGUGAACGUGAAUCGCUAACUUUUUUGGAGUCGUUUUCGAUAGGCAAAACGACGGUCAUAUGCUACAAAAGUAACCAUUCGUGAAUGUUAAUAGAAGUUAGUAAUACUUUUGAAAAGUAGACAAAUGUAUACCGAAUAAAAAGGGCUCCUCUCGUGUCUAGAAUAUCUGAAUAUUGCUGAAUCUCCUCUACGGAACGCCUGAAAACAAAAAAGGAAUUUCCAUUAGAACAAGUCACUGCCAUAGCCAAUCCGACACAGUGGUGGACUGAUAUUUCAAUGAAUUAAGAUUAUGAGAGGUACAUUGACCUGUAGGAAAUUAUUGCAUUCGAUAGACAUUGACCCGUAGGCACAAGAUAAGUUACUUUUUGUAUAAUAUCCCUCAACUACGAUGUUCUUGAUCGUAACAGUUGGUACCAAUUUUCAUUUUAAGGUAUAAAGUUCUCAAUUCUACGAACCGAAACCACUUUUUCAUGAAAAGGUAGGUAUAUCAUUAACGACGUUUUCGAAUACAACCUUUUCCACCUCUCUUUUUUCAUAUUGACAUUUGGAGGUUUUUGGCCUCAAACAUGCAUUUAACUCUCUUGAAUAUUUGCGGUUACUUGGCCCUGGAAAAGUUUUUUAAACUUUUAAACAUAACAUGACUGACUAUCUAGUCAUGUUAUGUAAGAUAAACUCCAAACCUCUCCACCGCUUCUCAGCUGUUGCAUUUUAGGAGAAAUCUGAACAAAAACCCGCACGCACACCAUUUACAAUCUAAUAAAACCAAAAAAGUAAUACUAAUGAAUAUCACGAUGAAUGUCACAAAACAAAACAAAAAUAAACAAUACGAUAGGUUAAUGAGAGACAAAUAACGUAAAUACUUUGAGUAUAUAGAUCAAAUCCAGCUGUAGGCACUGUAAAAUGCUGACAAGUUUUAGUUGAACCACAAGAAAAUGUAAAUAUGGCAAAAAAAAAUCCUUCGAAAAAAGGGAAGCUAAAUCCACCGGAACGAUCAAGUGUCCAGAACUAGGAAAGCGCGUUUUGGUUGAUGGAAAACCUCUAGACGGAGUAACGUUAAUGCAUUUACAUCCAGUCACUUUCUCUUGCUGUGCUGUGUGACGAAUCACGAGGGUGAUAAUCGCAAAUUGACAGUAUACUUACUACAACCAUUCCUUCCGUAUUCGUUCCAAAGGAUAAUCAAUCAAUCAGCGUAGAACAACUUUUCCUCGAAGAUUGCAUAAGGUUCGCAGGUUACGAACAAACUCAGAUAUAAUCCGCAAUAUUGAACUAUACUAGAGUGAAGGCUAAUUUAUGUGCCUUUUGCCAUUGUUUUAAAAUUUUUGUUUUACAAAAAAAAUCCUCACAAUAAAGAACGAGGUAAACGACUGUAUGAACAUAACAACGCACACGAAAGCCAAUUGACCGAAUUGAACGAAUAAGACUUGAUCCUGUUUCUCGAACUAAAUGUAGCUAAAACCGAGUCCGUCGUUUGGAAUUAUAUACAUCUUGUAACCGAAGCAGACCGGCUACCUUUAUAUGUAGUUAAUGUAGGAUGUUUUUGCUAUACAUUUACACAAAAAAACAUGGUGUUUCGACGAUCAUCGUAGUAGGCUAUUUGUAUUAUUGAUGUUGUGACGCCGUAUAGAAUGUAGCUUAGACCAAAAAUAAAUGCAAAGCUAAAGUAGAAUAAAGUAGUCGUCUGUAAGCCCCGCGUUUCCGCUUGGGAAUCAAAGCCAUACGCCAUUUGAACGACAAAAUAUUACGAAAAGAAAUAGUUCAGCAUGUUAAAAUAACGCUAUAGGACAGCCACUGGCGCAAACCCCAAUGUCCCUACUUUUAAAACACGUGUCUUAAAAACACAUUUUCCACCAAUUUUUCAUUGGAUAUCGAAUUCUUAAAUGUCAGAAUCCUAACCCAUAGUGAAGCAAAACUACAACUUAGCCCUCAAGAAGCCAUUUCUAUUAUCCUUAAAUAUUUAAAUAGUAUUCAAUCUACUCAAUAAAAACAAACGCUUAGACAAUUCACCAUCAGACGGAGACAGACACGUGCAUUUCCCCGCUUGAACCUAAACUAAACAAAGCGUGCCAUGGGGCUCCUCUCAACGUAAAACAAAAGACACAAAGCAUACACAAAUCUAGUGAUCGUUUCCAAGGAAAUGAAACUCUGUUGUGUGGAAAAAGUGAUUUUUAGCACCAAGAGCGUCGAAAACAGAGAAGGAUUUCAUUUCAUAAGAAUAAACGCUAUAAGUGGUGAAAAAAACACUCAUAUUUGUACGUUUCAUCAGUUGUUGUUCAAUGUUAUUAUUCUAAACAAUUAUUUGUAUAUUUAUGAAAAUAAACAGAAAGGAAGGUAUGUUGUACAGGUCGAAAGUGUAUAGUGGAAGCAAAGCGGAAUGUUCGCAACUGUAUUGAAGGUAAAGCGCAUAACGACGCUAAAUCCAGAAAACAUUUCUGUAUUAUGUUACGGUUUAUUUCUUAAAUUUAAGUGUAUAUACAUGUAUAAUUAAAACCCAUUGCUAAAAUAAUAAUUCUUUUAUGGUAUAAACGAAAAUACAUAUUGAAAAUUAAA